ACCCGCUAGCAAUGAAAAUUCCAAUUAACUAAAUUUCGUCAGUCUUGUACUAGUUAUAAGCCGUACUAGUACCAAAUGUGUCCCCAAGUAAUGCGAAUGGAACCAAUUGACACCUUUUCGUCCCCAAGUAAACGAAGAGGCGACAGUUGUGCAUAAAUAAAAAACCACCACCAAAAAACCAACCAACAGACAAGUUAAACGAACAUUUGAAUGAGAUCUCUACGAACAAGAAUCACUUUGAAUAGUUUUUUGUUUAGAUGAUCAACAAAAAACAAUGAACAGUUAUUCUUGAGGAAUGCACGUGCGUUUUGUUUGGAAAAAAUCAUUCUUAUUUUGAUCGUUGUAAAGUGAAGUUGCAUUGUGAAAAUUGUGUUAAUAUAAAGUGAUUAAAAUAACAAAUAAAAAGUUUUUAUUUUAAAAUGGAAGAAACACCCAGAAAAAUUAAACGUUUCAGUUCAAUUAUAAACAAUGAUGGUCUCAAUCAAAAGUGCAAUUGCGAAACUUUUGUUAAAAAGAUGGAAAAUGUGGAAAAUACUCAAAAAGUAAUUCAAGGUCAGAUCAAGGUUUUAGCUGAUGCAUUAGCUGAAUUGAAGGUGAUGGUGCAAAAAUUACUUCGAUCUCAAAGUGAUGAGAUACCUUUAACGAAUAGGUUUCCCAUCAGCACUGAGAAAGAUCUUAUUGAUAUUAAUAACGACAUCACAAGUGAGAAUAAAGAUCUAUAUAUUAUAUCAUCCAUUAUAAAAAGAGAGGGAAUAUUGAAAUCAUUAAAAAAUAUUAUAGGUUUAAAAAUUACUUACGAAUAUAAUAUUGACGGAAAUCAUGGAAAAAAAAGUUUGAAGUCCUUAAGCAAUAUAUAUAACGUAAUUUUAGAUUCAAUACCAGUUCAAGAAAAUUCAGACACCCCUGAAACGCAACUGCGAAAAGCAAUACAAGUACAAAAGAAACGAUUUUUUAAACAAGUGAGUGCUGAGAGAAAAGCAGAAUAGUUAAUAAAAUAUUACCAUUAACUUUAUUUUAUAAAUAUUGAAUUUGUUUUGUUUUUAUAUUAACUAUGUAAAUAUAGUUUUAAGAAUCAGAUAAACAUGUGCCAAUUUUUUGUGUUAAGUUUAUAUAUAUGUAUUUAUAUGUAUAUAUAUUGAAU